UAAUGUUCCCGCUUAUACGUCGCUUCUUUUUCCCGCUUCUCACCAAAUUCCAGCCCUAAAAUCUAACCAAAAGAAAUCGAACAACCAGCAGAGGAGUAGGCGACCACGAUUCCGGACGGCGGGCUGCGUUCCAGUCGGCUGCUGCGUUCCAGACGGCGGAUUCCGGCGGCGCUCCAAACUCUGAAACUGCACUGGAACACUGAAAAAUGGCAAAAAAAAGUCGGAAGCCGGGAGAACAAACCGCAAAAAUGACUUAUGCCUUCAUACAGGCGGGUCAAUACGAUUUGAUCAACACCGUGUCAACAUGGAUAAAGAAAAGGGUAAAUCAGUUGGAUAUCUGAAAGAGUUCUUACAGACCCAUGCCACUAAGGAAUGCAAAAAGAUGGGGAGAUAACUGAAAAAGAUUAUGAUCGGUUAAAGUUUGUUACCGAGCGUGCAAGACGUUCAUAUGUCGCGUACGCGCAACAACUUCAAGAUUUGUAUGGGGACAUAGAAUGCGAUGAUUUAGAUUUGUGGAAGAGUCUACAUCCUGAAUGUAAGGGUCGCAAGACGUUUGGCAUAGGAUCUUCUGAUCCUGAUUUUUUGGUGACCGGGAAAAUAUCAUCCAGAAUUUGUGAGUCUAACGAUGAUGCCCGACACUCGCAGGAGCUUCAAAAAGUUCAGGCGGAAUUAGAAAAAGAACGCGAGGCCCGACAAAAAAUAGAAUCCUGUUUCGAACAAUUUCAAGAAGAGCGCGAAAAAGAGCGGGCCGACCAAGCGGCAUGGCAAAAAGCUAUGGAAGAAAAGCUCAAAAACAUCGGAAAUAAGUAAAAGCUCUCGUCCUGUUAAGUAUUAGAAUGUUAAAGAUCGGAUUAGUUUUGAAUGCUUUUAAUUAGGAUUAUUUGUGCGUUCUGGAAUGUUUUAAAAUUUUUGGAAUGUUUCGAAAUGUUGUUUUAA